AUGCCACUCAAUACCGUUGACAUGGAAGUCGAGUAUCAGCAUCGUUGCAAAGCCUACCGCUUUGUGGCCUAUUCGGCCGUCGCCUUCUCGGUUGUGGCCAUCCUUGGCGCUGCAACCACUCUUCCAAUGGUCUACAACUAUGUACACGCUAUCAGAAGAACAAUGCACAGUGAACUCAACUUCUGCAGAACAUCUGCUCGUGACAUUUGGUCUGAGGUCAACGGUAUGAAAGUACCAGCAAACCGUACCGCUCGUCAGUCCGGUUACGGAGGAGAUGAAGGUGCAGCUGUGGAUGGUGGUUCCGCUUUCCAAGAUGCUGGAAGAAGAAGAGGAGGAGGAUACAACGGUGGCAACGAUUGCAGCGCUUGCUGUUCAGGAGGAGCCGCUGGACCAGCAGGUACUCCAGGAAACCCAGGACGACCAGGAAACCCAGGAGCUCCAGGAGCCCCCGGAAAUCCAGGCCGACCACCAGUUCAGCCAUGCGACGAGUACACCACUCCUCCAUGCAGGCCAUGCCCACCUGGACCACCAGGACAGCCAGGAGCCCCCGGACAGCCAGGAGACGCCGGAAGCAACGGAAACCCAGGAGGACCAGGAUACCCAGGAGGCCCAGGAGGACCGGGACCCAAGGGACCCCCAGGACCCGCCGGAAACCCAGGAUACCCUGGAGGACCUGGUCAGCCUGGCCAGCCUGCCUAUUCCCAACCACCUACCCCAGGAGCACCUGGACCUCAAGGACCACCCGGACCUCAAGGACCACCCGGAAGCGAUGGACAGCCAGGAUAUCCCGGAGGACCUGGACAGCCCGGACCCAAAGGACCACCUGGAGGCGAUGGACAGCCUGGUGCCAAUGGAAACCCUGGAGCUCCAGGAAACAAGGGCCCACCAGGAACUCCCGGAGAGCCCGGAAUCUGCCCCAAAUACUGCGCCCUCGACGGAGGUGUUUUCUUCGAGGAUGGAACUCGCCGUUAA